UGGUCACAUGACUUCAGUUGGUCAAAAUGAAAACUGGGCAGGAUCUGCUGACGCCUACCUGGCUUGUUUUCAUCCUUUCUUUGUGUAUUUACCGCAGCCACCAACUGGUCAAGCCGCAGGUGUGCAAACAAUGUAGCGGGACUGUGCCGAAAGGCUCCGAGGUGGGCAAAUUUUGCUCCUCGUCCAGCGGUCGGGUCGUCGGACGUUGCUGCCUGGCGAACGAAACGAGUAACCAUGAACGCAUCAUCGGGCUGGAUUUGUCCAAUUGUUCUUUAACGCAUGUGGACAAUCUCCAAGAAGCAUCAGACGCUUUAAUAAUAGAUCUGUCCUCAAACGCCAUCAUCAACAUGAGUGACUCAGCAUUUCAAGGAUUCAGCCAGUUACGUCAAUUAUUUUUGCCAGCAGACAUCGCCUGUCCAGGUGGGAAUUCUUCCUGGGACAAAGUGAAGACAAAUGAGGGAAUACGCCUUUGCGAAGGCCAGAGGAACAUGUGCAAUCAGUCUGGGAAGAUGCCUGUUCACUGUCCGGAGUACUCCCAUUGCGCCGCGUACGGGCCCGGCUUCUUCCAGUGCAGCUGCGCCGACGACUACCACGGAUACAAGUGCCUGCGAGAGGGGGAGUUUCCAGCCCUGUGGGUGUUUGGGCUUCUGGGAGCUUCCACGCUUGUCCUUUCCCUCCUGCUGUGGCUCACUCAGAGGCGAAAGGCCAAGUCGCUCUAGGCUAGCUCAGAUUUGGGGGGGGGGGGGUUGUUUUGUUCUAUGUGCAUUUAUCUUCUGAGUGAGCUGAAAGGGAAGUACAUAACCGGAUACGCAAGGGAUUCUUAGCUGGUUUUUAGGGUCACUGUCACCUACUUUGUGUAAAUGGUAUUUUAGUUUUGGAGCAUAGAAUAUAG